AUGGUCUCAGCUGAAGUCCAGCAAGGCAGCGCUGCCGCAGUCAACGGAUCCUUACUUGUGGGCAACUCCAUGGCCGGUUCGGCCCGCAUCUCCUGCUCUACGCCAACGUUGAAACCUGGAGAUGGCAUCCGCGAGUCGGCCUGUGAGCCGGUCGUCAAACUUGCGCCCUCGGAAGUCGAAGAACUGCACUCGAAGCUGACGACCCUUCAAGAGGCAAUCGUCAAAGGGAACAGAGAGAAGUCUCAACUCGAAGUUCAAAUCGUCAACCUGAAAUCUUGCUUGCAAGACAAGAAAAGCGCAACCAACGAUAACGAACCGGGACAGCUUCUCGAUACUUUGUUAUCACUCUUGCAAAAACGAGCCGAUACCGGCCGAGGGAAAUCGAAAUCUCCGAGACUCGAUCCCGCUUUCGCGAGCAAGGUCUCCAAACUAAUGACGCUCUGCACCUCGGAUUCUAAAAAAGAGGACACGGGUCAAAAUGGGAUCUCGUCCACGAGUUCUCACGGACCAGAUCAGAACGCGAACACGAACGCUGUUUCACCAAGCACGUCCCAAUGCUCGGCGAGCGUCGAUAAGUAUCAGGAGAAGAUUAAAAAACAAGAAGAAACAAUCCAAGGCUUGAAUUCCGCUUUGUCCGAGGUGGAACUCAUCCUCGAAUCGAGUCACUGUAAAAACGCUCUCCUCAAAGAACAGUUGGCCAAGUUGGAUGAGGAGAACAAGAGAUUGAGGACCGCUUCGAAAGGCGCGUCGGACAGGUUGCAACCCUCUUCAUCGUCAGAGAAGCCAUUGAGCUCUCUCGUCUCAGCUGUGAUCGAAAGCCAACUCCGCAAAGAGCUGGAAUCAGUGCGUUCGGAGAACGAUCAGCUUAAGCAGCGCGAAUCGGAGCUGGACGCCAAGUGCGCGGAUUUCAGCCACCAGAUCGAGAACCUGACUUCGCAGCUGGCCGAAUCUCAGGGUUCGAGUGGUCAGGGCACUGAUUCUCAGGCCGAGCUGGAGAAGCUCAAGCGAGAGAACCAAAAUCUCGUGCUGACAUUGAGCGAUAUCCAACACAACCUGAAUCGAGCAGAAAGCGAAAUCGACCGUCUCAAGGCUGCUGGAGGUGGGAAAGCCAUGCCCGAAGAUCCGACCUUGAAGAACGAGGUGGAAGCCCUACGCAAGGAGUUGCAGGACUCACACUCUCGCCUCAAGGACGUCCAGGCCGAUCUCGCGUCCACGGAAAAUGAAAGAGCGAAUUUGAUCAAGCGGCUCGAGGACGAAAAACUGGUGGUCGAAGAGCUCCGCGCCUACAAAGUUCAAAGUGAACGGAUCUUGAAGGAUAAAAGCGAGGAAUGUGGAAGAAUGCACGACGAGUCACUGACGUUGAAGGGUCAAUUGGAGACAGCGGAAACGCUGUGCAAGUCCACUGAGACCGAAUGUGCGUCUCUCAAAACGAAAGUCAAAGAUCUCGAAGAGCGGUUAGAACUUCUCGAGGAUGAGAACGCUACAUUAAAGAAUCAAGAAUGUUCAGCGCCGCCUUCGCUCGAGACCGAAAUGCUCUUGGAGGAGUUAAGGAAUGACUUGGUGAAUGCCAGGCAGACGUCCGAUGAAGCACAUCAGCAAUUGAAGGGUAAAAACGAUCGAAUAGAGGAGUUAGAAACACUCUUGGAGAAGGCGCAGGGUAAUUGCUCGGUCCAACAGCAGCAGAAUGACGAGCUCGUCAAAGAGUUGACCGACGAGAUCGAAAAACUCGAGAAGACGCAUACCGAGGAAACUACCUCAUUCAAUCAGCGGAUCAACAGCCUGAACAAAGACAAACAGAAGUUAGACCGGACAAUCGAGGAGUUGACUACGAGUUUAGAAAUCGAGAGGGAGGGCACGCGGGCUUCCGAAUCCAAGAUUGCAACUUUGGAGUCGAAAGUUGCCGAAUUGGAAAAGGCAGUGAAGCUGGCGGAGGAGAAAGCCGUCGAGUCCAAAGAUCAGUUGGUUAAGCUACAGCAAGAGGGCCAGUCAGCUAACAAAGCACAAACCGAUCUCCAGAAUGAGCUGAGAGCUGCUCGGAACGAGUUGGAAGAACUCGAGGCUCGAGCUGCUCACGCUGAAGUUGCCAAAGAGGACACGAGAGCAAAGCUCCGACAUGCCACCGAGGAAAAUGGGCGCAUCAUGCAAGAGUUGAAGGCCAUGGAGGAGGAGAAGACGUCUCUUCACGUCGAUCUGGUCAAAUGUCGGCAGCAGCUCUGUGAUUCGACACAGCUGAAGUCGAAUAUGGAGAAAAUGCGAACGGAGAACAACGAAUUGAAAGCUGCGGCGGAACGCGCGCGCAAGGAUUCCGAGCGACUCCGAGCCGAGAGCGAAGAUGCGUUGAAGCAGAGCGAACGAGCCUCCGCGGAAGCUGCCAAAGCUCGCCAAGAGGCGGCUAACAGCGCUUCGGCGGCCUCCCGAGACAGAGAAGCACUGAUGUCGGAAAUCGCCGCUCUGAGCGAGAAGCAUCUGAAAGUCAACUCGGAACUCGAAGCGAUCCGUUGCGAGAAUAAGGCCAAGGUGGAGAUCAUCUCUCAAAUGAACAGCCAGACGGCUCAGCUCAAAUCACAAAACUCGACGCUCCUUCAGAAGACGAAAGAGGUCACUCACGAGAAGGACACGCUAGAACUCCAGAUGAGCGCAUUGAAGACCGAAGUUAAUGCGAAAUCGAAUCAAACCGAAAAGCUUUCAAAAGACCUCCGGGCUCAGAUGUCACACAACGACAACCUCAAGAAGCAGGUGUCCAAACUGGUGAUAGCGGUUGCGGAGAAAGAGAAACACAUCGCUGGCCUGCACAGCGAGAACCAAAAACUGCGUUCCGAGAACCAACUUUACGGUGAGAAACAGAAAGGCCAGGACGCACUCAUCAACCGCAUCGCCGCGCUGGAACAGGACGUUGUGAAUAGCAAAAUGACGAUUUCGAAAGUGUGUGCCGAGCGAGAGGAGACCCUUCGUCAACUGGAGGAGCUCAAGAAAAAACAUUCCGCUGUUCUUCGAGAAGCCGAAGUCAAGGCGAACAAGGCUCUCGCGGAACAGAAACUGUUGCUUGAGAAGAGUGACAAAAAUCAACGAGCCCUCGAAGAUUUAAAGAAAAGCCUUGAUCGCGCGGUCAGCGAGAAGACGAUCGCCGAUAGCCGGUGUCGCGCUUCUUUAAAUCUCUCUCGAAGGCUCGAGAAAGAAGUGCAAACCUUUCAGAAGGACAAGGAGCGCUUUACCAGGGAGAUUGACGAAGCUCGGGACAACGUACGAUUUCUCGAGCGUGAACGUUCCGAGCUGCUCAAGGCUCUCGGUGAGCUCCCGCUCAUGUCUCAGAACUUGCAGCUAGAGAUCGACACCCUCCGCGCGGAGAACGCGAGAUUGAAAAGUCGAAAUGGUGCAGCUGCGAGUCGAAAACCUAACAAGAAAGAAUCUCUGGACGCUCCAAUUGUGCCAAAACAAACCAAUUCGCCUUUACAAAAAAAGAAAACCAUUUUCGCUCGCCUCAAAGGCGAAAAACCCGAGACCGUGGACGACUCGUCGUCUCCUGUGAAAACGAAGAUCAAGAUCUUCGAGACGAAAGCUGAAGAGAGCUCUCAACAAGCGAUCAUACCUCCGAGACGACGAGGAGUUCGGCGGAGUGCGAGCGAAGCCGAGAUGAGUCCUGCACCGCAAGCCAAAAGAGCCAGUACAGAUUCCAAGGAGACGCCCGUCACCAAGAAAGCAAUUCCCAAAGCACGGAGCAAGACGUCGUCCUCGACCGAAGAGGAAGAGGCACACGAAGAGGAGCAAGAAGAACAGAAACCCACACCUCCCGUAAAACGUCGCAGCAACAAAACUAGUUCCCCGACCCCACCGAAAUCGAGAGGACCCCUCACGCCGGCAGGUGUCAAAAACAAAGAUACGAAGAGCCGACAGGAGCGCGCCGAGAGUGUUCCAAAAGGUCGACGGUCUCUCAUCAAAGGAACUCCGAAGAAGGCGAAUGUUGUCGCUGAUGUGGCCUCCGAAAGCCCCGCCAGUGGGAGAUCGUUGCGAGCAUCUACACUUGUUGUCAAGAAAGCUUCCGAUAUCGAUGCGAAGCAACGUGAGCAGUUGAAGAAACGUGGUAGCGGUACUUUUGUAUAAAACUGUAGCUAGGUACGUCCCCAUCAGGAAGCGGGGAGCUUCCGACGAGAACUUACAGAAGGUCGCGAGGUCAGCCGCAGAGGGAGUGUUCGCGCCGCUCUAUCUCUCCGUGUAGGGGACUUUCUCUGCAUGGAUAUUGAUGAGGGAAGCCGCGAACGGGGAGCGGAGGAGACGAGCAACCCGGUAACAACCGAUGAAUACCCCGGCAGCGAAGUAUUCGGUGUAUAGUUAUGAAGUUUGUAAAAAUCCGCUGCCGGGAGCGAUGAUCAUCCUGGUACAUGGUCGAGAUUCGGGAAUCUGAGAGAGUUGAUCAGAAAAGCAAUUACUCGAACCAACAAUAUAUUGAGCGUCGUCUCCACUAUCGCUGAUUUAUGCGGAUCGGAUUGAAACUCCUCGGGAUCCGUCUUGUCGUUGGAUAUCAUUCACCUGCACCCUUUCCUUUGGAUCGAAAGCUCCGGGAAGGAGGUCGGUGACACGGGAGGACGGAAUGGGAUAGAGACGGACCGGCAGACGUUCCUGCGGAAGCGUAAUUCCAUACGUGCGAAGAGCGAAUUGGAAAAGGCUAUCCAGCUGAGCUGCUUCAAGUGCAUGAUGGUGUAUUUGUGUACUUUAGUUCUAGCCAUGAUACGCACAUGAUGGAAGAUGUGGCAGUAGGCGAAAUCAGAAUCUUACC